AUGAAUACAACUAGUUCUGUAACAGAAUCAACUUUGAUUGAAAGUACAUCAAUGGCAGAUUCAACAACUGUUGGGUCAGAAUUAGUAACUACCAGUUCAACUGCUGAAUCAACUACUGUUGAUUCAACAAUGAAUACAACUAGUUCUGUACCUAAACCAACUACAGUUGAAAAAUCAACUUUUGUUGAAAGUACAUCAAUGGCAGAUUCAACAACUGUUGGGUCAGAAUUAGUAACUACCAGUUCAACUGCUGAAUCAACUACUGUUGAUUCAACAAUGAAUACAACUAGUUCUGUAACUAAACCAACUACAGUUGAAAGUACAUCAAUAGCAGGUUCAACAACUGUUGGAUCAGAAUUAGUAACUACCAGUUCAAUUGCUGAAUCAACUAUUGUUGAUGCAACAAUGAUACAAUCAGUUCUGUACCAGAACCAACUUCUGUUGAAACCUACAACUAGUUCUGUACCUAAACCAACUUCGGUUAAAAGUACAUCAAUGGCAGAUUCAACAACCGUUGGAUCAGAAUUAGUAACUACCAGUUCAACUAAUGUUGGUGCAACAAUGGAUAUAACUAGUUUUGUACCUGAACCAACUUCUGUUGAUAGUACAUCGAUGGCAGAUUCAACAACUAAUGGAUUAGAAGUAGUUAUUACCAGUGCAACUGCUGUAUCAACUACUGUUGAUGCAACAAUAGAUACAACUAGUUCUAAACCAGAAUCAACCACAGUUAAAAGUACAUUAACUACAGAAUCUACCAGUGUUAACACUGAUGCAGUUACCAUCACUUCAAUUACAGAUUUAACUACUGAUGAUGUAAUAACAGCGUCAACUAUUUUUGUGCAUAAACCAUCUACAGUUGAAAGUACAUCAACUACUGUUGAUGCAACAAUAGAUACAACUAGUUCUGUAACUAAAUCUACUUCGGUUGAAAGUACAUCAAUAGCAGAUUCAACCACUGUUGGAUCAGAUGAUGUAAUUACCACUACAACUAGUUCUGUACCUGAACCAACUUCUGUUAAAAGUACAUCAAUAGCAGAUUCAACAACCGUUGGAUCAGAAGAUGUAAUUACCAGUUCAACUGAGGAAUCAUCAACUGUUGAUGCAACAAUACCUACAACUAGUUCUGUAACUAAACCAACUUCUGUUAAAUUCUGUACUGAACCAACUUCGAUUGAAAGUACAUCAAUGGCAGAUUCAACAACUGUUGGAUCAGAAUUAGUAAUUACCAGUUCAACUGAGGAAUCAACUACUGUUGAUGCAACAAGAGCUACAACUAGUUCUGUAACUGAAUCAACUUCGUUGAAAGUGCAUCAAUGGCAGAUUCAACAACUGUUGGAUCAGAUAUUAGUAACUACCAUUUCAACUGCUGAAUCAACUACUGUUGAUGCAACAAAGGCUACAACUAGUUCUGUAACUGAACCAACUUCAGUUGAAAGUACAUCAAUGGCAGAUUCAACAACUGUUGGAUCAGAAGUAGUAACUACCAGUUCAACUGCAGAAUCAACUACUGUUGAUGCAACAAUAGCUACAACUAGUUCUGUACCUGAACCAACUUCUGUUGAUAGUACAUCAAUGGCAGAUUCAACAACUGUUGGAUCAGAAUUGGUAACUACCAGUUCAACUGCAGAAUCCACUACUGUUGAUGCAACAAUGGAUACAACUAGUUCUGUAACUGAACCAACUUCAGUUGAAAGUACAUCAAUGGCAGAUUCAACAACUGUUGGAUUAGAUGUUGUAACUACCAUUUCAACUGCUAAAUCAACUACUGUUGAUGCAACAAAAGCUACAACUAGUUCUGUACCUAAACCAACUUCUGUUGAAGGUACAUCAAUGGCAGAUUCAACAACUGUUGGAUCAGAAGUAGUAACUACCAGUUCAACUGCUGAAUCAACGACUGUUGAUGCAACAAUAGCUACAACUAGUUCUGUAGCUGAACCAACUUCUUGUGAAACUUCUGUACCAGAACCAACUUCUGUUGAUAGUACAUCAAUGGCAGAUUCAACAACUGUUGGAUCAGAACUAUUAACUACCAUUUCAACUGCUGAAUCCACUACUGUUGAUGCAACAAUGGAUACAACUAGUUCUGUAACUGAACCAACUUCAGUUGAAAAAUUAGUAACUACCAGUUCAACUACUGUUGGUGCAACAAUGGAUACAACUAGUUUUGUACCUGAACCAACUUCUGUUGAUAGUACAUCGAUGGCAGAUUUAACAACUAAUGGAUUAGAAGUAGUUACUACCAGUGCAACUGCUGUAUCAACUACUGUUGAUGCAACAAUAGAUACAACUAGUUCUAAACCAGAAUCAACCACAGUUAAAAGUACGUUAACUGCAGAAUCUACCAGUGUUAACACUGAUGCAGUUACCAUCAGUUCAAUUACAGAUUUAACUACUGAUGAUGUAAUAACAGCGUCAACUAUUUUUGUGCAUAAACCAUCUACAGUUGAAAGUACAUCAACUACUGUUGAUGGAACAAUGGAUAUAACUAGUUCUGUAACAGAAUCAUUUUCGAUUGAAAGUACAUCAAUGGCAGAUUCAACAACUGUUGGGUCAGAAUUAUUUAACUGCAACAUCAACAACUGUUGGUUUAACAACAGCGACUACUACUCCUGUGGCUACAUUAACUUCAAUUCAAACUUUGCCAACUGUAGAAUCUACCAGUGUUGA